UUAUUAUUAUUACCUUCGAGUAUUUAUUAUUACCUUCGUAUUUAUUAUUUGUACCUUGCGGGCCGCGCGCACAGAAACAAACGGUCACGGCAUGCGUAGGUCUCGCUUAUUCGCACGACGGCGCUCGAUACUCAUCUCCUUUCUAUUAGCCGCGGUGGUAUCCUUGGCAUACACAUGUGCUAUUUCCAUGACGAGUCAAAUACGAACGCCAAGUAGGUACAUUCAUCCUCGGUUCACCAUUUUCGCCUGUCCCAAAGGCCCGAACCACACGCAAACGGCAGUGAAUGAAGAGGUUGCCUUGGCCAGCUGGGUGUUCUGGUUAGAUCCUCCGGCAGACCUUGUGCUUUUGAUUGGAUUCGAAAGUGAUUCUGGCCUCCAAGACCUUGCUCGUAAGUAUGGUGAUGAAGCUCAGCGGCGUGAACGACCCACGAAAGUGAAGUACGUUCGAUUGGACAACGAAGGGAUAAUAAAAACUUCCGAUGGCGACGUUGGCCCGAAUCUCCGCUUCGUUUUCUCCACUGCCAAGCGAGCGGUAAUGCCACAAUCAGAGGAAGACAUAUUCACCUACGUAAACGCAGAUAUUGUUCUGCCAUCAAAUUUUGUGACUGCUUCCCAUCGCAGUUUUUCGACGGGCGAGAGAACUCGUCCAUCCGAAAUAGUACUUACUGGAACCCGUACCGAUUGUAAGGGUCCACUUCAAUCUGCUGAAAAUCUUCUUAAACUAGCAUCAUCAUCAACAUAUCCCAGAUUGGAAUCGUCAUUUCGGGAAUGCCUUCCCCAUGCACCUACCGGGAAGGAUUACUGGAUUUACAGACGAGAAUUCUGGGAGAGGCAUGGGGGAAUACCCGAUUUCAUGCUAGGGCGUUUUGUUUGGGAUGAUUAUAUGGCCCUCGUCGCAAAUACAUUCGGCAUGUUGAUUGACCUUUCCCCUGUGACCUUUGUGAUUCAUCUGGAACACGAAUACGGACACACUAACGUACGCACGAGGAAUAUGCUACUAGGUGGAGAGGGCCGAAAACGGAACAAACGUCUGAUGGAUGCAGCAUGGCAAGUGCUGGCCCCAAACAGGGAUGACUCACACCUCAACCUGAAUAGCGUGUAUUGGCGGGCAUGUCCUAUUGAUAACGCCGGCAUUAAUUUUAUUGUGGAACCUGCGGCAACCUGGGCGCAUGAUGCCGCGUGGCUGAACAAUACCAAAAGUUUCCCACACAGUGAAGGGAGUUGUGAUUACGGAAAGUUAUUUGGGUGUACAACCACGUGUGGCAUCCUGACACGAGACGCCCGUGUCCAUUCGGAGAAUAACACGCAUGCGACAUCCAUGCUGAUGCCGUGAUCAUGCUGACUGAUCAAAAUCUGGUCAGUCAGACAUUUUCAAGGGGUCGAACAAAGGUACCACGGACUCAGUGAGCCGCAAUAUGUCAACAAACGAGCAUUCGGAAACACAAAUGAGGAGUUAUUCGUGCGACCAUGUACAUUUAACUGAGCGAGCCGUGUUUUAUCCCCAUACCCAGAAGCGGAAUCAACUGUGGACAAGCUCGUGAGCAGGUUUGCUUUGCACGUUCUUCCAUCGCAAGCGCGACGGGAAGAAGAAGCACAACGCUCGCGCACAUUGCCAUGUUCAUCCACACCGCCAACUGUGCGGUCGAGACCACGGGAAGGGGCACAAAUCGAACGGGUUCGACGCCCCCGUGCGACGCGCAUGAUUUUGAAGAUCUCCGAGCCCGAUACUAGUUUGCGGAGUCCCGGAGUCCCGUGUGCGUCCCAUGUGCGCGCCGUCCCUAACUGGUUAGCGGUGAACCCAUGGCCGCGCAAGACUGGGGGCAUGAGUGUAUUUCCCGGAGACUUCUAGGAGCUGCUGACCGGGGCUGAUAAAUGAGCAAAAUCAAUCGGCAUGUUUUAUCUACAACUGUCAGUGGCUUCAGCUCUAGAAAUCUUGACAAAUCACUACGGGUCACAUGAUCUGCGGAGGUGGCCAAUUCAUUCCCGAUUCAGGAAGGAAUUCUUUUCACCUGCGAAGCAACCUUAAACUCGCGGGAGUUGACUUAGUCAUGUGUCUGUCGUCGAGAGAAAGGAGCGCCUUUCGUUCCAACACAGCGCAAUAGCGUAGAUCCUAGUUGUAUCAAGAAAUCAAGACAUCUUCC